AUGAUAGAUGUUGCAUCAGCUCUUGAAUAUCUCCACCAUAAGUAUUCAACACCAGUCAUCCAUUGUGAUUUGAAGCCUCAAAAUAUCUUAUUAGAUGAAGAUAUGACUGCCUAUGUGAGUGAUUUUGGCAUUGCCAGGCUCUUAGACGAAGGAGAUUCAAAGACACGAACCCUUACACUAGCGGAUGCUAAUCUGUUAAGAGAUGAGAAUGGUUUUGCUGCCAAAGUGAAUUGCAUGUUAAGCAUCAUGAAUUUGGCUUUGAAUUGUUUCAUGGAAUCACCUGAACAGAGGAUCAAUAUGAAAGAUGCCUUGGCAAAACUCAAGAAGAUCAGAUUGCAGUUUCAGUAA